AUGCGUCCGUUUUCAGUCUGCCUUUUGCUCGCCUUCAUUUUCGGGCUCACUUUUACGAUGAGCUUCGUUGCGCCAGGAGGAGCCGUGCCGUUCUGCACUUUCACCCCCAUUUGCAACACGUUUUGUCCGGAUGUGACCGAAUGCUGCCAAACGCUCGGCUUUCCGAGCGGCGCGUGCUCGGGCGGACUAGCUUGCUGCACU